AUGGAGCACCAUGGUGGCGGGGUGCAGCCGGAGCAUUUCAUGGCUGCGUUCGAACGCAUCGCGGCUGGCUUGAGUCAGCAGAACGCACAGAUUUACCAGGAUUUUCAGUCGUACCUCCAGGGGUACCAGCAACAGUUGCAGCAGCAGCUGCAGGCGCAGCACGCGCACCGAGAGCACAAGAUCGAGGGAGUCAGUAUGCCAACGUAUCACGGCCGUCCUCAUGAAUCUAACGGUCCUCGGGUCGUGGCUAUGUUAGCUGCCAAUUUCCGUGACGGUGCAGCGUCAUGGUAUCACGCCAAGGUCAUGGUAGAGCACCAAUUUCGUCUACGUGCUGAGUUGCGCCAGUGUCAGCAGCGUGGUUCUGUCGAUGACUACGUAGACCAUUUCUGUGAAGGUCUGAAGUCAGAGACAAAAAAGGAGGUCAUGUACCUGCGCUGUGCGACGCUUGCAGAUGCUAUUGCCGCUGCGCAAGCAUACGAACGAACGCACUUUUCGGGUGAGCGUGGCCGGCAACCGUCAAGCUCACGGGUUGCGGCAGCUUCUGAUGGACCGACACCCAUGGAUUUGUCUGUGGUAGAUAGUCGACAGAUUGACAAGCGUACAUGCCGGGAGCGUAAUCUGUGCUUCUAUUGCAAAGAAGUGGGGCAUCGGAUUGCCAACUGCCCACGCAGCAACGGCCAAAACACGGGACGCGCGCAGGGAAAUGGCGUGGCUCGGCAGAUGUAAGUGGAGUAUCUGUCGAGCCGGCAACGCAAGAAUCUCCUGCAAGUUGCGAGGCAUCAUCAAUUGAGAUCAUGGAGAUCUCUACCGUUUUAGUUGGACCCAGCACACCGUUUAUUAAGACGGUGUACAUCGCGGAUAAGCCGUUUCGAAUGCUGAUUGAUUCUGGGGCGUCUCAUUGCAUACUCAAGGAUGGUGCCUUGGAUACAUCCCAGAUGUCGAUAAUUCAAGUGUCUGCCCGCGGAUUUGAUGGUGGAGCCCAGCAACGGCUGGUUCCUGGAACCCUGGUGACCAGGGUGUACCUUUGCAACAUUGAUUUGAUAAAGCACUUGUCAGCACCAAGCGUACGCGUCAUGCUGCAGCAGGAAUCGAGAUCGAUUUGACCCAGGAAGGGUGACAAGCUUUCGACCGGAUGAGAGAGCUGUUGGCAACAUCUGCCACGCUGGAUUGCCACGACAAGUUUCUUCACGGAUGCGUCGGACGUGGGCUGCGCUGCCAUCAUUACCCAAGCGAAGGAGUAUGAUUCGAAGCGGUCAGCUCCAGUGCAUGAGCGGGGCUUUUACUGGCAGACUGUUAAACUGGACUGUCAUCGAAAAGGAGGCCCUGCUCGUAGUGCUGGCUUGUGAAAAGAUGGACUUCGUGUUGCUAUGUUCACAAAUAUUUUGAAUAUUUUGCGACCACAGGAAUUUGCUUCGCUUUUUCGCGUCGCAUAAGAGUGCUAAUAAACAUAUCAAAGGCAAA